AAAAAAUCAAAAUGCGAGUGAAAAAAUGAUAAAAAAAUAUAUAAUUACGCCGUAAAGAUUCAUCGAAACUAUGGAAGUAUCAGAAGGGGCGUUGUUGAGAUCUAAGUCUUCGAACAGAGCCAUACCAAGUGCCGCCACGAAAGCUAAAAAUUUGAGUACCGGUGACGUGGGGCACAAAAUGGAAAAUAAAAAGAGGCGCGGGGUCUACGUUGAGAAGUGGGCGAACCGGGAAUUGCCCGCUGAAGAAAACAAAAGAUAUAAAUCGAAAGCACAGCAAAUACCUCGGCCACAAACAAACAAAUUGCUUACAACUGCCCCGAGGGAAUCCAAAAUCUCAACCUACACUCGCCUCCUGGGCACCCGAGACCCCUCGGUCCAGUUUAUAAAACGUAAAAAGAAGACCCUUCCCGAAGACCUAACAGAACAGAGCUCUAAAACAUCAAAACUGUCAAAACACGAGAAUACACAAAGGAAUAUUGUGGAAGAGAAUAAAACUAUGGACAAGUUCAGACACAAUCACGCCAAAGAUGCGAAAUUUAUCACGAGAAAGGAUCGAAGAGAAAGGGUGGAAGGAGGGAGGGAUCUACAAACGCCAUCCACAUCUUCGAAAAUAAACCGAGUCAUGUCUUUCGAUACUAACUGGUCAACCAUCUUCCCCAACAGAGAGAACAGAGAUAAAACUAAUAAAUUACAACAGUAUAUCUACAAUGACUGUAAACCAAAGGAGAAAAAUAAAUUAAAAACUACAGAGAGUAAAGACGAAAAGAUCUAUACAUUUUUCAAAGAACUCAUCGAGUCAGUUUACGAAGAAGAGAAAAACAAACAGGAUAUACAGAGCGGCAAAUCUUCUGAUAUCAAACUUGAGAUAGACGACCCCGUAGCGCAGAAACUGCAAGAAUAUAAUUCCAAGCAAUACACUAUCGAAGACAAUAAUCUAUUGUACGAACAAAGUCGUGAGUUGGCGGAUUAUUACAACAAUAAUUCACGGAUAACACCGCAGAAAAAAGUGAAGCGAAGAAAGAAAAACGUAAAAUACAAUUUUACAGAUAAGUCUGCAUACUCAAAAGGAGACAGGUAUAGAAAGUCUAAUCUUCUAACCAUUUUGAAACAAGAACUGGCAAUAGAUUUGUACCAGCAGGAGCCAGAAAGCAUGUUCGAAGCGCUUAUGAACAUAGCGAAAAAUAAACGGAAGCGUAAACAAAUACAUUUCGAGAUAACCAAAGAACCUAGCGAUCUAGAGAGGGUAUGCAGAUUUAAACGGCUUAAUUUGAUUUCACCAAGCACGAGAAUGCCGAAAAGGGUGAAACAGACGAGCAGGCGUGAUAAAAUUAUGGGUGGAAAGCGAAGCGAGUCGUCUACUUCGACAGAGUUUGAAUCUCACCAUUCCUUGGAAGUGCAGGGGUUUGAUUAUGUUACGGAACCGUUGGAAGUCGGUACAAGGAUCAGUAGUAUCAGGCCAAUCACGAAAUUGAAUGAAGGCAUAGUAACUGUCACGCAUCAUUGGAAACAUUGA